CCCAGUUACUCAGCGGGACUGGGGGAGUCACACAACUGUUUCAUUUCGUAGCUGACCGUCUCACCGUGCAUGAAAGCGCUUGAUCAUUCUGCUGAACCAGCAGUUGAGUAUUCUUGUUGUAGAAUACCCGCAGUCUGCUACAGACUCUUUCGCUGUGCAAGGCAAGACGUAGCCAAAGUCUUUCGUGGAUAAGGCAGUCUUUCAAGUGGAUCGGCCCAUGAGUUUUCCGGACUAAGACUCCAUCGGUGUAACCAGAAAAGCAACAGACCAAAGCUCAACUUUUUCUUGUUGACUUAUACUUUAUAGCGUCAAGACGUAUCAGUGCUCGAGUACCAGUAGUAGUGUAUCUCACCGCCGUGUCGGUGUAGCAUACGCGGCCCGGUGUCUCGUCGCUUUCGGCCUCUCUUCAAAAUCUUCGGAACCUUCGUUCGACAGCCAGCUAGAACAUGACCGUCGAGCGCGGUAUGUUUCCGGGGAGCAGAAGAAUCAGUAGUAGCGGUGCGCGUUGCUUUCUCUUGUUCUUCUGCCUGAACUGCGCACUGGUCGCAACAAGCACCGCAAGAAAAGUUUGUCCCGGAACGGGGAAUCAACGGUUGAGCUAUAAUGUCCUGAGAGCGCGGUUUGAAGGAUGUGAAUCCGUUCAGGGGAGCCUGGAUCUAAUCAGGCUGGAACGUGCCAACGUCACGGAGAACAGGACGUACGACUUCCUGAGCUCCAUACGCGAGAUCAGUGGGUAUUUGAGAGUUACUCUAGGGCCGGCGGAGUCCAUACCCCUUGAGAACCUGGCUGUGAUACGUGGUGAAGAGCUGUACGCGGCUGGGGGAUAUGCACUGUUUGUGUCAUCACUUCCCUCCCUGACCACCAUUGACCUCUCGUCCCUUGGAGAUAUACUCACCGGGAACAUCGGCUUCUUCAGUGCUCCGGCGCUUUGCUUUGUCCGGACGAGUGUGAUGUGGAAUGACAUUGUCAAGAAUGAUCAGUCCAGAGUUGUCUCACUUGCCGGAGCUGGUGGAUCGGCUUCUAGCUGUGGCAGCUGCAAUGCACAGUGCAGUGGCUCUUGCUGGGACACUAGCAACUCUACUUGUCAGAAAUUGACCUACCUGAGUUGCCAAAGCUGUGGCAAUCGCCGGUGCGUGUCAUCCAACCCUCAGAUUUGCUGCCAUUCGGAAUGUGUAGGCGGCUGCACCGGUCCAGCAAAUUCCCAGUGUCUCGCGUGUAAGAAUUACAACAGUGAUGGAUCCUGCGUAGCGCUGUGCCCGCCGCUAACAAUUCUAGACCCGCGCACUUUCAGCGAGGUGGUUAAUCCUAAGGGUCGCUAUGCCUAUCGUCACGAGUGCGUUACGUCAUGUCCAAGCUCUCUUCUCGUUGAAGGUCAGUUUUGUGUGGACCGUUGCUCUUCUGGCCGACAGGUGCAGAAUGGUGUGUGCGUGCCAUGCAAUGGACCGUGUCCCAAGCGAUGCAACGGAACCGCAAACGAUCCAGCUUCCUCCACCAAGUACUUGACCAAGGCAAACAGCCGCACAUUUGAGAACUGUACCGAGGUGGAUGGCAGCAUUCUCAUUACAGUGGAGAGUGUUCUGGUGUCUGGCAUAACAGCUGUGGAUCUGCAGUACCUGUCAAGCAUUAGGGUGAUCAGUGGCUGUCUGCGAGUGGACAAUUUUAACAUCGUUGAGGAUAUAUCAUUUCUAAGCCAGCUGAAGACGAUCAUGGGCCUCUUUCCCCAGGACUGUAGACUGGGUGGCGCUGACUAUGGCCUGGUUAUGUGGAGAAACGCCAACCUAACGUCUGUGGGUCUGUCGUCGCUGAGACUAGUGAACAGGCCUGCGGUGGUGGCGAUGAAUCCCAGACUAUGCUACGCUCAAACUAUUAACUGGACCAGCAUCGUCCCAGCAGGACAGGGCGCUACCGUGUCCACUGGCAAUGCCAAUGCUACCACCUGUGAGGUACUGGGUUACACUUGCCAUGCCCAGUGUAAUACAACCUUUGGCUGCUGGGGACCGUCACCGGCCGAUUGCCUGCGGUGCAGUGGAUUUCGCUUUGAGGGUGUUUGCCGGACGACCUGCAACACGGCACGGCCAACAUACGGUGAGGUUACGCAGAAUGAGUGCCUCCCGUGUCAUCCUCAAUGCCUGGAUUCUUGUACAGGACCCCUGCCUUCCCAAUGCUCUCGGUGUCGGCAAUUCACGGAUAACAAUGUGUGCGUUGAGAGGUGCCCGGCUAACACCUACGGGGAUUCGGCAGGCCUGUGCCAAACAUGCCCGGGUGUGUGCAGAGGUGGAUGCAGCGGACCAGGGCUGUACCUGGGCCAGGGCGGCUGCAAUGAUUGCGAACAGGUCAUCCGGCCGGUUACACUCGCCGAUGGCUCUGUUGAUGGAACGCCAACUUGUCUGGAUGCAGCAUCACAAUGCCCAGCUACUACAUACCAGACCUCGCCCAAUCGAGUGGAUGAUCCAUACUUUGGAAAGCUGGUGUGUGAGCAUUGCCACCCGCAGUGUAGCGUCUGCACUGGUCCUGCAGCAACAGAGUGCUCCAGCUGUGUCAAUGCCAGGCUAGUAAGCGGCUCCCGUGCUGAAUGCCUUGCAACAUGCCCAGCGAGCUACUACAAGGACGUCACGACGGGGAUAUGUGAAUCGUGCAGCUCACAGUGUGAUCCGGAUUAUUCUUGCCGUGGUCCACUGGCAAGUGACUGUGAGAGAUGUCAGAGCUUCAAUCAGACUAUGCCAAAUGUCACCACCACCGCCAUGAGCAAUACAUCUGUACCAGGGCAAAUGCAGUCCGCAGGAUUUGAGUGUGUCUCCCAAUGCCGUCUGGAGCAGUUCAUCCUCAGCACGAACCAGUCUCAGAUAUGUGUAGCGCAGUGCCCGCGCGAUAACUUUGCCGGUUCCAGUCGAACAUGCCAGCCAUGCCACAGCCUGUGCUCCCCUUUGCAUGGCUGCAAGGGCCCACUAGCCAGGCAGUGCACACGUUGCAAGUACGUAGAGUUGAAUGACCAAUGCUUGCGGACGUGCCCAUCUGGUUAUCUGGUACGGAAUGCCAGCAGCCCGGACACAGCCUUAGCACCGCAGCAGUGCUUGCGCCAGGUCAACGACACCGACACCGGCGGUAAUGACCCGACGGCCGAAGAAUCACUGAUUGGACCUGGAAUCGGUGCUGGCAUUGGCUGCCUCAUUGCGGUUGCGCUAGCACUUGUUCUGCUGGUGUUGGGCCAACGUCGUUAUCAGAGAUGGAAGAAGCAGCGCGCUGAAAAAGCCAUGGAGCUACAAGCAAGAGACAACCCAGUGUAUGGUGGUGGCGAUGGUGAUGAUGAGAUGGGCAUGACACUUCAGCCUGCACCAGCCAAGAAGGCACCAACACGUGGUGUGCUGAACCUCAUACCCAGGCCUUGCUUGGAAAUAGGAGAACAGCUUGGCUCUGGUGCGUAUGGAGUCGUUUAUCAGGGUACCUGGACGGAAGAUGGAGUGCAAACCUCUGAUGUAGCCAUAAAGGUGCUGAACUCUGCUGCCGCAUCAAAUGCCCACAAAGAACUGCUAGAUGAAUCGGCUGUAAUGAGUUCGCUGGAGCAUCAGAACUUGAUUCGCCUUCUCGGUAUCUGCAUGGAACCGAGCAUCAUGAUGGUAUCGGAGCUGGCGCCGCUGGGCUCGCUGCUGGGAUUCUUGAGAGUGCGUAAGGAAACGCUCUACGGACACAACCUGUUGCUCUACUGCCAGCAGAUCAGUGAUGGUAUGCACUACCUGGAGGAGCAGUCAGUCGUGCACUGUGACCUGGCUGCUAGAAACGUCCUGGUGGAGCACCCAAACCUGGUGAAACUCACCGACUUCGGCCUGGCAAGGCUGCUGGAUGUUGGUCAGAAAGAGAUAGCUGCUGAGGCCACACAAAAGCUUCCCAUCAAGUGGUUGGCACCAGAAACGAUCUUGCAGAAGAAGUUCACGCAUGCGUCUGAUGUCUGGAGUUUUGGAAUCACUGCCUGGGAAGUGCUGACGUUUGGCAACUCUCCAUACAGGCGAGUACCACUACACGGUGUACUGCCACUGUUAGAGUCUGGUGAACGACUCCCUCAACCCACGGCUGCCAGUGAUAGUCUAUAUAAACUCAUGAGAGAAUGCUGGCGUCGGCUUCACCCGACACACCGGCCAUCGUUUCUUGACAUCCGGCAGCAGCUGGCCAAGAUGCGGAUGACCCCCAUGGACUUUGUUCAGACAAAGGCUGACAAGUUGGCUCAGGGUGCGGGCAAGGCGGGUACAGAGGGUAUCUACAAUGAGCCUGACUUUGACCUGACCCAAGAGGACCUGGCUCAGUAUGAUGACGAUGGUUACAUGGAUCCGUCAACCGAGGCUGACUAUGAUAACGCCGCCCGCAGGACUCCCGGUCCAGUGUCCGAUGGCAAUGAAGAUGACACAACAGCCGAGUACGACAACACGCAGGCCAUUGCUCCAGUUGAGGCAGAGUACGACAACACACAGGCUGCUGCCGCUCCACCAAUAGCUGAGUAUGACAAUGUGGCUGGUGCUGGGUCCCCGGACGAGGUGGGAUAUCAAGAACCGUUUAAAACCCCGCCGCAGACUGCCGGGCGAGGUGGCGGCGGCGGCGGUGACAUUGCGGAGAUGAACGAUGCCACCUACGACAACUGCACUGCAGCUCCAUUGCCUGUCACGGUGCCGGUAGAGGAGUCCUCAACUCACCGCUUACACACUCCUCCACAGUACAGCAAUCUGCCUGCCACUAGCCCCGGAGGAAACGACAUCAUGGAAAAUGAAUAUAUAGAGAAGGCCGCAACCUCACCGAUAGGCUACAUCAACCGGACACACCUCGCUGAAUCCGGUGACGACUUUCAGUACGCCCUUGCGACCAGCGCCUUACCCAUGGCCAGGUCCGAAUCAACACCACAGCCCGAGGAGGACGGUUACUGCGUGCCACGGUCAGCCAUUACCGACCCUUACACUAUGGUACCAGCAGCACAUCCAUCGCCACGAAGGGAAAACUCGCUCCUUGCAGACGGUAACGUGGUUGUCAUGGUGAACAAAUCACCACCACCAACGGACGCCCUAGCCCCGGUGGUGGGAAACAAUGCCAGUGGAAAUAGGACCAGUAUGUUAGAAGCAACAAACACACUCGACCUUGGCAAUUCUCAGACCGAGAAUGUUCAGUUAUAGAUCAUGUACUUGAGCAACUGUGACAACAGAAACCCGUCCACACGUCCGCACGGUUAGGGAAGAUAUGAGCACACAACACACACUUUUCUACGCAAUUUUACCUACCUGUUGAGAUCUACCCGUACCCUAUUCCUCCAAAAUGGCUACCAAUAUUGAAUAGAUUUCUACCUUUCUUUAGGAAUUUUUUUCUGAAUAUGGUUCAUGUAUGCUUGAGAUACAUGCACGACUUUCAAGUCAACUAUUGGGACUGUUAGGUAAACCAAAGCAGAGAGAGCCACCAGCCACGGCUUUCGCUAUCCCCUUUCAACAAACAUGGCCUUGCUCUUUGAGACAUUGAGCGUAUACCAAGAGCACAUUUCUUUUUAGACUCUUCGCGAUCAUUCCGAGUGACUCUUCGCGAUCAUUCCGAGUGUUAUAAUAAUAUGCAUGAAAUGUGAUAUUUAUCUACUUAUAACCGAGACUAUCUACCUGUUAAUCUUAUGUAUCCUACUCUAUGUUAUGUUAUAUCAAAGCUCUGCUACUAGUUGGAA